AUGUCGGAAGACGAUAAUUCUGAACGCGGCCAGCUCCACACCAACGAGGAGAAGCAUUUGCGUCUUCCUUACCCUAAGGGAGCCAGUCCACUAGAAAAUGUCAAGCACAGGGCGGGGGAGGCCUUCGAGGCUAAAACGGGGUUGAUGCUUGCCCAUGACCCAGUCACAGUUCAGGGCUCGGUUCCGAGUGCCGCCCGUGCCGGUUUGCCGAUGAAACUCUGGCAACAACCAGGACGAUCCUGUGCGAAACUCUGUUUUUGCGAUCCAGAACGUCUGCGCCCCUUCUUUUUAGGUAUCCAUGCUGAUUCUGGCGGCCACCACCCAGUGGCCCGUGUUCCGAGCGGACGUUGCAGGUCCAAAUAUGAUAGUGCUGGCAAUUGCGCAGUUCCUGCGCGAGCCCAAAGAGGUGACUCGACACGUGCCAAGACCAGCCCCAUACCAUUCUUCUGA